UAAUACAAUUGUUGAGCUUUUAAAUGAAUGACAUGGAAACGUGCCAAUGUCGAGGAAUUCGAUUUUGUAUUUUUUGUAAAGAAUCCGAGCGCGUUAGAAAGCUGUUAAGUGCCGAGGGAAAGCUCCUUGAUCCCAGUGUAGUCAUUUCGCAUCAACAGGAAGAAGAAAGGACAUCAUCAUGCUCACUUACUCUACUGGAAGAGUCGAGGUUAAGAUUUUGUAUCAACUGCCAAGCUAUAUUCGUAUCCUCUGUUCCAUUAAUGAGUUGCUCACAACACAGUUCUUCGUUACGCUCAAAUGUGUCAAUCCUCGGGUUGCACGUUGUUCGAGAUUUUCUAUCGGACGAUGAGGAAACCUAUUUAGUUAAGUUUCUCGAUGAUCCUUCACCUUACCCACCCUGGAAAGAAUCCCAGAGUGGGCGAAGGGUCCAGGAAUAUGGUCCGAAGAAGAAUUUCAAAAAGAAAAAGAUAAAAACAACUGAAUUUGUAUCAAUACCACUUCCUUUUGAAAAUAUCCUUGACAAGGCACGGGGUUUGGUUGAAAGGCUCACAGAAAAACCAUAUAUUAUAGCUGAAGUAUCGGUAUUGGAGUACCUGCGAAGGAGGUUGAGCAAUUUCGACCCACACAUAGACGAUACAUGGUUAUGGGGGGAUCGAAUUGCUGGCAUCAACUUACUGGAGGAUUGCUUCAUAACAUUUGUGAAUAGCGAGGGAGUUUGCCUUGAAGUUUUCUUACCGCGAAAGUGUUUCUUUUUAAUGUCUGGUGAGAGUCGGUACUCUUGGAUGCAUGCGAUUAGGCCAGAAAACGUAGGUAACCGGCGAAUAUCCUUCACUAUAAGAGAGUUGUCUGACGCUUUCAAAGAAGAAAACGAAACUGCGUGUUGUCAAAUUACUGAUGCCGCAAAAAAUUACUUAUAAGGCUGCCCUUAGUUAUUGCAGCGCGUUGCAUUUUUUUUUUACUUU